CAAUCACUUAGAACUUGUUUCCAAUAUGUCAUCAAAAUAGUUACAAUAUUAAUAUCCAUACUUUAAAAUUAAUAUGUCGCGUUUAAAAGAGAGCAAAAUUUAAUUUUGUAAAUUUCGUUUUAUUUAAAAGCUCGAUGUAUUCAUCGUAAUAUACAGAUGACAUCCAAAUCUAAGAGUGCACAAUCAUCGCGUCCUACACAAGAACAAAAAUUAUGCACGACAUCAUCUUCGGGUUUGCCUAAAUGGCGGCAAUCUCCGAUCAAUAUCAGUCGCGUUGCAGUGUGGAAUAAAAAAUUUCCUCCGUUACUUUUAACAAAUUAUUGGUCAAACAGUGGCACAGCGAUACUUGCAAACACUGGAAAAACAGUUAACAUCGAAUUGACAAACAGAAGAUUACCGAUAAUGCGUGGCGGUCCAUUAAAAGACGAUGAAUUUCAAUUUAUGAAUGUACAAUUUCGGUGGGGCACGUCCGACUGUCGAGGCGCGGAACAUUCUAUCGACAACAUUUGGUAUUCGAUGGAGGCGCAAGUCAUGCAUUGGAAUACGCGUUACGGAUCGAUAGACAAGUGUUACGAUAAAUCUGAUGGAAUUUCAAUACUCUCCUAUCUUAUGCAGGUUGUUGGGUGUCCUGGGAUUCCAGACAAUCCUGCGCUUGCCCCAAUCACUCAUAAACUCCAAGAAAUAAAACGGACGGAUAGCACCAUAAAUAUUACUCCAGAUUGUUUACGUUGGAUGAUGCAUGCAUGCACUUAUCCUGGAUAUUAUACUUAUUCAGGUUCUCUUACUUUUCCUCCGUAUAAUGAAUGCGUCACUUGGAUAAUUGUACCAAAUGCUAUAAAAAUUUCCACUAAUCAAAUCGAAGCAUUCAGGAGCCUCUACAAUCAUAAUUGGGAGCGUAUAGUAAGGAAUUAUAGAUCACAACAUGUUCUUCAUGGAAGAAGAAUUUUCUUUGCCACAAAUGAUGCAAUAAUUUGAGUGAUUAAAAUAUAUCAUCGUCAAAGGAAUAAAUUUAACUGGAAAUUAUUAAACCGAGUUCACGUUAAAUAAACAAGCAUGAAAA